AAUGUAUUGAUGCUGGUGUUGUAUUGGUAGGGAGCAGAGUGCCCAGGACCGCAUUGGCUGUUGUGUUUUUUUUCACAAGGGUCCCAAACUACACAGAGAUUUGGAAUAUUACGUUACAGUCCAGCAGGAAAAUGGCGACUGUCAUUCAUAAUCCUCUAAAAUCGCUCGGGGACCAGUUCUAUAGGGAGGCUAUCGAACACUGUCGCAGCUACAAUGCCCGCCUCUGUGCCGAACGCAGCGUGCGCAUGCCAUUCCUGGACUCGCAAACUGGUGUGGCACAGAACAACUGCUACAUCUGGAUGGAAAAGCGCCACCGCCAGCCAGGUCAGGCGGCUGGACAGAUGUAUACCUACCCUGCUCGUUGCUGGAGAAAGAAGAGGCGACUCCACCCACCCCUGGAUCCCCAGCUCCGCCUGUGUGAGCUUCGACUAGAAGCCGAGCUGGCCCCAAAGCAUGAGGUUCCCCCGGCGGAGGCCACAGCCUUGGAGGCCCUCCUUAGGGCGGACAACCUGCUGGAGAAAAAAAACAACCUCUGUAAGGAAGAGGAGACGAUGCUGGAAAUACAGAGAGUUCUGGAGGCGGAUGAAAAUGGGGACGGUUUCCAUGAUGAUGAAGACUUUGAAAUGGAUAUUCCAAAGAGAAAGAACAGAAACAGAGGCAAAAACAGAGGAUCCAGUCGCAGAAGGACAGAGCCCGUUAACACGGAUGACCAGGACAAACCCUACGUCUGUGACAAUAGAUACAAACAAAAGCAUAACUCAAAAAAGGCUGAAGAAGUCUGUGGAAAGCGUUACAAGAACCGUCCUGGCCUGAGUUACCACUACGCCCACACUCACUUGGCAGAGGAGGAGGGCGAGGAGGAGAAGGAAACAGAGAUGAGCCCAUCUCCUCCGCGUAGCUUGGACAACCACAAACCUCAAAAGGGCCCAGACGGUACCAUCAUCCCCAACGACUACUGUGACUUCUGCCUGGGAGACCAGGACUCAAACAGGAAGACAGGCCAGGCUGAGGAGCUGGUGUCCUGCUCUGACUGUGGACGCUCCGGUCACCCAACAUGUCUGCAGUUCACUGACAACAUGAUGCAGGCAGUGAGGACGUACCAGUGGCAGUGCAUAGAGUGCAAGUCUUGCAGCGUCUGUGGCACCUCAGAGAAUGAUGACCAGCUGCUGUUCUGUGAUGACUGUGACAGAGGAUACCACAUGUACUGCCUGAAGCCUCCAAUGACCCAGCCUCCAGAAGGGAGCUGGAGCUGUCACUUGUGUCUGGACCUGUUAAAAGACAAGGCCUCAGCCUACGAAGAAGCAUAACUCCCUGGACAUUCUUCCCAACACACACACACACACACACACACACAUAUAUAUAUAUAUAUAUAUAUAUAUAUAUACCUUAACAUUAACUGUUUGACAUGCCCACACAUUAGCAAAAAAACUUUAAUCACAUAGAAUCAAACACACACUCUUUCACACACACUCCAGUGCAUUAGCAGGCUCAGGGCAGCUUCCUGUAUGAUGCUCAGAGAUCCUCGACCUCUCAUGUAGCCAAGUCAGCUCGACUAUAAGACAGCUAACAGCAGGCCUGCCAUUCAGUCAUUUCUCUACCUCACCACUCAGCAGACGGCAAGAAGCCAAAGCAAGAUAAUGGCCAAUACUGUGUACUACAUGCGUAUGUGAAAUACAUGCUCAUUUAAAACCAAACAUCUGAAAUCCCGGGGUGUUUUCUCCCAAUUUUAAAUCUUUUUGAGUAUGAUUUGGAAGGCAUUUGUCCCAGAGCUUUUGCUGAAGCUCUUUCACUUGCUGCCCUUGCUGCUGAAGCUCUGCAGCUGGGGGGGACCUGAGUGGGUGUGAGUAAUGUUUGUUUAAAAUGUCUCCUUCCAGAUCUAUUCCUCUCCUGUGUUUAGACUUUACAGUGACAUUCCUAUUUUAUAUCUGGACAGACUCAAUGUUAGUUAUGCCAUUUUUCACAGGUUUUGUCAAGUUCGGUGAAAUGUAUAUCCAGUGCUAAGAGGAAAUGGGGCAAUAAAACAGCCUCCGCUAUCAUU